AUGGGUCACUUCGGUGUCAAGAGAGGCGGUAAGGUGCCCAUGGGGCUGAACGAGGAGCGGGGCUGGACGGCGCGCUGGUCGCCGAUGCGGGGCUUCACGCUGGACCCCAUCAACAUGCGCGACGCCGGCGUCUUCUUCUGCGAGGUCGUGCCGAGCGCCGAGGACGACCUCAAGCUGAUGGUGAUGGUAGACGCUGCGCGGUGGGACCCGCGGCGCGGCUUUCUGCUGGGCCCCGAGCUCACGGCGCGCUUCGGCGACGUCUCGGGCACCUACACGUGCGUGGCCGAGGGCGGAGGAGGGCGAGGCGGACGGGCGGAGGCGGCGAGAGAGCUGCUGGUGUUGCUGCUGGUGUCGCCGCGGAGCACCAACCUGGCGCCGCCGAGGGUGCACCCCGUCAACGCCUUGCCGCACGCCGUGCUGGGCAAGGACAUGGAGCUGCAGUGCUACGCGACCGUCAUGGCCCACGUGCUCUUCUCCAUGGAGUGGCUGGUGCCGGCCAACUCCACGGCCAAGGAGGAGGGCCGCCUAAACGCCACCAACGCCACCGUGCACUUCGAUGCCAUGGGCUCGCGCAUCGGCUCCACCAACCUCACCAUCGUCAACGUCACCGAGAACGACGCCGGGGCCUACACCUGCCUCCUCAACGACCACUCCAAGAAGGCGGCCAACACCACUUUUGUCUUGGAGGUCAGGGACGCGAACGUGUCCUUCAUCGACGUGAACAUCCCGUCGCCGGAGGCGCUGCACCAGCGCGUGGGCCUGCUGCAGACGGCCACCUGGACGCUGGAGGUGGUGACGUACCCGACGUCGCCCACCAUCUCGUGGUUCACCCCCGCCGGCAGCCCGCUGACGGCCGUGAGCGCCGCCAAGUUCCAGCUGCGCAAGCUGGAGCGCGGCAAGGGCUUGGAGCUGACGCUGUCUGUGCUGGACGUGGAGCUGUCGGACCGCGGCACGUACGCGCUCAAGAUCAACACGGGCGCGGAGGAGAAGACGGUGAACCUGACGCUGACGGUGCGGGCGGCGCCGCUGGUGCAGCUGCAGGCCCCGCCCGAGCCCUGGCCCCUGGGCGCCACGCGCAAGGUCUCCUGCACCGCCAUCGGCUCGCCGCUGCCCACUGUGCAGUGGGCGUGGCACCCGUGCCCCGGCCUGCUGCGCAACUGCGCGCCCGACGACGCCAGCUUUAAGACGGUCUGGCUGCGCGCCAACUCCUCUGGCUUCAUCACCUGCCGCGCCGCCAACGAGCUCGAUGACUCCGUCAACGACACCGUCAGCCUGCAGGUCACCGACAUGCCGGGCGCGCGCACGCUGGAGGCGUGGGGGCCCGAGCCCGAGCCUGCGGUGGAGGGCGACGACCUCCGCCUGUGGUGCGGGGCGCUGCGCGAGAACCACACCGAUUGGCCGCACUGGCGGCGCAGCGAGCUCUGGGACGACAAGCGCUUCCAGAUGACGCGCUCCAACACGUCGCUGUCGCUGCGCUCGCAGCUGCGCAUCAACCCGGCGUCCGUGGCGGACUCGGGCUCCUACCUGUGCUUCCUGGACGAACUGGAGGAGACCACCGUCGAAUACAAGCUCGACGUCAAGCCACAACGGAACGUCUUCCCACGAGACGUCAACAUGAACAACACAGUGUGGAUGGCCAACACCAGGGACAAACUCACCCUACGCUGCAACUUCGAUGGCUUGCCACGCCCCACGAUCUCCUGGUUCAAGGACUCCGAGCCGUUCGCGCUGCCGCUGGGCGGGGAGCAGUUCCGCCUGCAGGACGGCAACAAGACGCUCGUCAUCGGCUUCGUGACGGAGGCCGACCAGGGCGAGUACCGCUGCCGCGCCGCCAACCGCGUGCACUCGGAGGAGCGCUGGGUGCGCGUGCAGCUGCUCAAUCGGAAGGGCAUCACCGACGGAAUGGUGGCGCUGAUUGUGGUGCUGGUGGUGCUACUGUUGACUGUGGUUCCGCUCUUCCUCUUCGUCUACAAGGAUUGGAAGCGGCGGCGCAUGCUCAUCUCCGGGCUGCACCACUUCGCCGAGGGCCAGCCCGACGUGCUGAACCCGGAGCUGCCGGCGGACGAGCAGGCCGAGCUGCUGCCCUACGACCGCAAGUGGGAGUUCCCCAGGGAGCGCCUCAAACUGGGCAAGCAGCUGGGCGCGGGCGCGUUCGGCGUGGUGCUCAAGGCCGAGGCGCAGGGCAUCGUGGAGGGCGAGGAGGUGACGACGGUGGCGGUGAAGAUGGUGAAGCGCACCGCCAACUUCUCCUACCUGAAGGCGCUGGCGUCGGAGCUGAAGAUCAUGGUGCACCUGGGCCGCCACCUCAACGUGGUGAACCUGCUGGGCGCGUGCACGGGCAACAUCCAGCGGCAGGAGCUGCUGGUCAUCGUGGAGUACUGCCGCUUCGGCAACCUGCACAACUACCUGCUGCGCCACCGCGAGGGCUUCGUGGACCAGGUGGACCCGCGCACGGGCGCCGUGGACGCGGCCAUCGGCGCCGACCGCCUCGCCAGGGCCGACUCCUUCUCGCACUGCGGGCCCGGCGGCAGGGUGAAGUACGCGUCGCUGUCGUUCUCCGGGAGCUCGGACACGACCGGGGGCAGCGACGCCGGGUCCGAGGCGGGCGCCCCGUGCCCGUGGCCCCGCGACUACGCGCGGCCGCCGCCCCCAGCCGCCGCUGCCGCCGGCGGAGGCACCUCCGUGUGCAUCGACAGCGCCGGCCACGAGACCAUCUCCAUGUCGCCGGCCGGGGACGAGGCGGGGCUGACGAGCAACGGGUCGGCGCAGCCGCACUGGCGCUCCAACUACCGAGGCGACUACCGCGGCGUGCGCCUCAUCUGCACGCGCGACCUGCUCUGCUGGGCCUACCAGGUGGCGCGCGGCAUGCAGUACCUGGCGCGCCGCAAGGUGUUGCACGGGGAUCUGGCUGCGCGAAACAUCCUUUUGGCUGACGGGAACAUCGUCAAGAUCUGCGACUUCGGCCUCGCCAAGAGCAUGUACAAAUCGGACAACUACAAGAAGAAGGGCGAUGGGCCACUGCCGGUGAAGUGGAUGGCGCUGGAGUCGAUCCGCGACGGCGUCUUCUCCACGCAGUCGGACGUGUGGUCGUUCGGCAUCGUGCUGUGGGAGCUGUUUUCGCUGGCGCAGACGCCCUACCCGGGCAUGGAGGCGGACGAGCGCCUCUACAACAAGCUGCAGGACGGCUACCGCAUGGAGCGCCCGCCCUACGCCACGCAGGACCUGUACCGGGUGAUGCUGCGCUGCUGGGAGGCGAACCCGGUGCGGCGGCCGCCCUUCGACGAGCUGGCGGACGGCCUGGGCGCCUUCCUGGAGGAGAGCGUGCGCAACCACUACCUGGACCUGAACAACGCGUACAUCGACAUGAACGAACAGUGGCAGCGCGACGGCGCCACCGACUACCUGGGGAUGCUGGGCGCGCCCGACUACAGCAACCUGGUAGCGCCGCGCGAGGACGACGACCCCGACUACAUCAACAGGUGCACAGGCGCAGGCGCAAACACAGACGAAGGCGCUGGCGCGGGCCCUGGCGUGGGCGGAAGCGACAACCUGCCGGGCGUGCUGCCGCCGUCGCCGAGCGCCAACUCGGGCUACCUGCUGAUGCGCGGCGGCGCGCCGCUGCCCGGCUCGGGCUCGACGCCGGCGACGCCGCGCUCCGCGGAGGUGUUCAGCCCGCGGCCCGGCAGCGGCGCGCAGGUCUUCACCUUCGCCGGCCCGCGCGCGCCCGCCGCCGCCGCCGGCCGCCACCCGCCUCCGCAGCGGCCAACUUGGUCCCGGGCGGAGCAGACGCGCCGCCCACCGCCCUGA